CCGCUCUUUACCCUUACCCACCUUCCUCCCAGACAUGGCUCACAUUAGCUAUGCCCUUACUUUACAUACAUGACACGUAAUCACGUGACUAGCCGCCCUCCCCCUCGGGCCUCCCAGUACCGCUUGACAGGUUCCUGGGGACGCAGAGUUAUGACGUAGCAUACCGUCAGGUCUCGCUCUACUUUCUCCAAUGUGGCCACUACCACGGGCCCCUUACUGUGAGUGACACAGAGUUGGGGAGGGCGAGAGGGAGGCGGAGCCUGGGUGUGACGUGCUGACAGACGGGGAGCAGGGGGCGGAGCCUGGCGGAGGAUUUCUCUCAGGAGCCAGUUUGCUGUGAUGACGUCACACCCAGUUACCAUAUCGGCGUCCGUGACAACAUAUUCCAGGUAUGGAGCCGGGCGGUGAGAGAGAGGGCGAAUAGAAUGUGUGUAUGAGUAUCAGUGUAUCUGGCAGUGUUUGGACGGAAGGAUUUAUCCAGAACUGGCCCGCUGCCCUCUUCAACUCCUAUACACCCAUUUAGUUCAGUGCACCCAUAGUCUCUAAAGCAGGGCUGCCCAAAAGGUAGAUCCCCAGAUGUUUUGAAAACUACAACUCCCUUGAUGCUUUGCAGGCUUAUGGCGUGCAAAGCAUCAUGGGAGUUGUAGUUCUGCAACUUCUGGGGAAUCUACCUUUUGGACAGCCCUGCUCUAAAGCUUGACAUCUAAAACUUCACCAUUGGAUCCUACAGCUAGCAAGUAAACUUAUUUCAGCCCAGAUACUGAACUACAGAGCUUUUACAAUCAUGGGCAAGGACAGCAAAUUUUUAUCAAGGUUGCAACCAAUAAUUUUUUAGAUAUGUUAUUUUUCUUAUAGUGUAUUAUAAGUUUUAAUAUUUAUUCGAUACGUUUUAAACAAACACAAACUCAAGUGUGUGAGAAGAUUUUGUAGUCUUUAUGUCAGUUCUCCCUAUGGGCCAAUGCAGUAAAUAAUCCCCUUUAUUGUUUGUUGAUAUAUUUGAACACCAGGAAAUAAGGAGAGUAUAAUGUGGCUGUAAAUCCACCUGCCUUGUGUCCUGAUGAACACUUGGGAUCACGUUUUGACAGCAUUACUUGCUUAAAGAAACACUCCAAGCAUCGAAACCACUAAGGCAUGCUGACACGAGUACUACUGUUUUAGUACGUUUACAACUUCUCAGUGAAGAGGAGCUUCCUUUAGAUCUCCUGAGCCAAACCCUACAAUGCCGGCUAGUCCAUUGGCUGAGAGGGCUAGCCUCGAUGAUCUCAGCCAAGGAGGAGGGAGCAUGGUCACCUGUGCUGCAAGGGAGAAAGGCUAUGUAACGGCCAUCGGGGCACUAUAGCAUUAGGAAUAUACAUUUGUAUUCUAGGCGCUACGGUGUUCGUUUAAUAUUGGAUAGGUUUUGUGAAGUAAGUUUUGUAAAUAAAUUACUCAUAGUCCCAUUUAUCUUUUAUGUUACAGCAAAAUGGCCAAACUGACACUGUGCAAGCCAACUGAAUUAUACAACAUUCUGAAUCAAGCUACAAAAUUUUCAAGGCUAGCAGAACCCAAUUAUUUGUGCCUUCUAGGUAAGUACUGCUUGCCAUCAAUAUUGGUCAAUGUCAGAUUUACAAGACAUCAUGCACAUGAUAAAGAUAUUCAGGUGUGGGUGGCCCGACCAUCAUGACGGUCAGAUACAGCUUGUGAGUGCUCCUCCACAAUCCAAUGCAAUCUGACAUUAUACUCUCUUAGGGCACUCUCUUCCAGCUUUCAUUGGGACGUACCCACCGUCUGUUAUCAGCGGAGUGCCUAGGUUUGGGCCCAUGAAGUGCUGGCUGCCAGCUAUUCACGAAGCACCAAGUGAGGCAUAGCGGGGCCAUCCGGUGGGAGAGGUGGUCACUCUCCUGCUCCGCGCAGCACAGCCUCGGUGCAGAGACCUUCUGCGGCCCUGCUUCCCCCCCUCUGGACUGGGGUGGUCAUCCUGGUCCCCACUGGACCAACAUACUUACCAUCCUUGCUGCCUAUCAACCCUACUGUGUGGAAUCAGCCAAGAUGGCGGAUGCAUCCUUGCAUCAUGGGCAGGACCCGAAACAGACCCUGCAUGGCUCAGUUGCGGGCUCUAUCCAGAGGUUGGAGGAAAUCUUUGCAUACCUCUGGGCUAAGCUGGAAUCAAAACUCGCCGCAACUCCACACCUGCCCCCAGAAGAUGAGCAAAUAGAAGAAGAGCAUGAAGAUUUAGGGCCUACUCUGGGCACAGCGACUCUGCAAGCAUCUUUCGUUAAUCAUACUUGCCCACCCAGGCUGCGGACCCCAAAGGGUUGUACACUGAAGCAUCGUCCACACAAGAAAAAGACCAUCACCACCAAAGUCUCCUGCUAUUCCCUUAAAGGGAUGGACUAGGCCCUAUGUAUCCCCCAAGUCCUGUUUGGGGGGGAGGGGGGGAAAUGCAGCAUUCUCUACAUAUCAUGUUACAUGGUCAUCAUCUUCCUUGUCUUACUCAAUACUGUGUGACAUGUUUAUUUAAAUCUAUGUGUUACUUUUCUGCAUGGCAAAAAAAAAAGAAUUAAAAAAUAAAUAUUCAGGUUUGAUAAAGUUCCUAGGAGAUUGCUAAAUAAUUUUGCCCUUUUGCUAUAUCACAGGGUUGGAGGAGUUCCCCUUCUUUUUUGUCAAUCUUUCUUUUAUUGUGACAUUUGAUUCUCAUUACUGGAUAAAACAAAACAUAUGUGUCAGCAUCGUUUGUAAUACACGCCCAGGAAAGACUGCCACAUUUUCAUGUUAUAUAAACAGGUUAAUACAGGCUGGGUUUAACUAGUGCUUUAAAUUAAGGAGAAAAAAACCAAACAAAAAACGGAUGCUGCACUUUCCACCGGAUGUACCUAGUAAAGUAAACAUGCUAUGUACAAUAUAUGGUGCAAGCUGCAUAAGUAUAACUAAUGUGAGGAGUCACGGUGGAGUCAACAGGCUUGUAAAAUAAUGAAAAAAUGCGUAUGCUAUGCUGUUCACCAGAGAUACAUAAUAAAGUAAACAUGCUAUUUAUGAUAUGGUGCAAGCUGGAGUAGUAUAACUAAUGCGAGGGGUCACGGUGGAACCAACAGGCUUGUAUCAUUAAACAUAUAUGCCUAUUCAAAUGUGUGGAAGUAGGCUUGCAAAGGUGGUAAGAACUAGAAUGAGCAUACAUAGUUCAGCUACGUUAGUUUGAAUGUCAGGCUUAUUGCAACCUUAGGACACACUUGGUCCGCUAUCUGCGUGGCAUUGAGGAAGCUGAAAGCAACAUCCAGAAAUUGAAUUUAGGAAGACAUGUGUGACAUGGUACAGUUCUGAUGUAGGUCAUAUGAGGUAAAGUUCUGCUUCAUGUGGUGGCCUUGGCAUAUGGGUUUGCGGGUGGCCUCCAGGGUACAAACUCUGGGGCAUUUGCAGUGUAUCUUCCGUGUGGGCGCGUAUGUCCUGCUGGUUGCAUCACCGGAGCCAGUGGAUCUGUGGGGAGAUAAACCCAGUGUCCUCUUGCAUGUCGUGGAUUACAUGCUUGGUGCCUCCCUUGUCUAUGGUGAGGGUGCGGCCUGGUCCCCAGCGGUAUCGGAUUUGUUGGAGGCGCAGGAGGGCCGUGAAUGGGUUCAUGGAUCUCCUCUACACCAGUGUCCCGCCCGAGAGGUCCGCGUAGAAGGAGAGGGUCAUCCCUUCAAAGGGGUAUGUGGGCAGACCUCUAGUAGCUUUCAGGACCGCCUUUUUGUCCCUGGAUGACUGGAACUGGAGAAUUAGAUCCCCUGGUGCGGCAGGUGGGGCUUUCGCUGAUCACGGUAUGCGAAAUAGUCCCUCCAGGACAGUUGCUUUCGCUGCCCUUGGGGUUAACAGCUCUGUUAGUAGUCUCCUGAUGAAAUGUGGGAGUUCAGCCUCUGGAACGGAGUCGGCGACUCCCCUGAGCUUUAGGUUGUUUCAGCUGUUCUUGUCUUCUUGGGCGGCGAGUUGUUGCUCGUGUUGCCAGGAUUUUUGCUGCAGGUCUCGGAUCGCUGUUUAAAGGUCCGCGAUCUGGUUAGUGUGCCUGGUUGAGGUGGCCUCUACUGCUGCCAGCCUGUUAGUAAUGCCUUUAAUUUCCUCUCUAAGCAGGGCCACGUCGGCCAUAAGCUCCCCAUAAGCUGCGCCCGUGGUGGUGGCGGGAUCAGCAUGGCCAUCUUCAUCUGACGACCCAUCCGUGAAGUCUGAGCAGCCUCCAUGCAGGGACGCCAGCUUGGCUCCUGCUACAUUGUGCGCCUGCCCCCAUAGUUCCCCAAUAUCCAUACCCUGGCGGGGUUUGGCGGGUUUCGCCUUCUUGUUUUUGCGGCCCAUUCGGACCGUGGGAUUCUCAGGGUCGUCCCGGGGUAAAUUUGGCUUGGGUUUAAGUGCCGAAAAUAGUGCUUAAUCGGCUCGCUAGUCUGGAGCUCCACUGCCAUGUGACCGUCCGCUUCAAGCGCUAAGCUCCGCCUCCCGGAGUUCCCCUUCUGUCACCAAGAUGUGAGCAUAUAUGACUCUAAGCUACCAUGCUGUCUACCUAACCCAGCAUCUAAAUGAUCUCAAAAGUGACAGGUUUUUGUGGUUAAAGACAAAUGCUUUGUGAAAAAGAUUGCAUUGGAAUUUCACUGAAGAUAUCAGUCAAAAGAGGGAUUAAUAAUAUAACGUUAUUUAAAAGCAUUGUCCUUUUUAAUAUUUGCAUAUUUUGCAAAGACCCACCCAAAAUGACAUAUUUCCUACAUGUUCACUACGAUGUUUACAAGAUCACUACAAUGUUUACCUGGGCUGGGUGGGGGAAGGUAGUUAUACGUAUCUAACCCCUUGCUACUUGGCAACACCAUCUUGUUAUCAGUCCAUGUCUUCAGCUCCUUAUUUUUUUUAUUUUUCCCAGCUUUUAUGUUGUACUUUGACACACAGACGACAAGUUUUUUUCAGCAUUCCAAGUGCAAUCAGUUUCCUAAAUAGGUGCCUUAAACAAUUGUUUUUGAAUUCAAAAAUAAUUCAAAGUAAAUCUUAAAUUAUAGACUACAGUAUACAAGUUGGAAAAAAUAGUCUGUUAUGUUUCCAGUUUGGCUAUUUUUGUAAUUAAAUUAUUUAACACAUACAAGUUUAAAUGCAAGGUUAAUGUAAACAAGGAUAAAGUUGUAUAUGCAUACCAAUAGUAUAUGAGAAAACAUGCAUCAAGAAACAAAUGUCCAACACAAGAUGUGGCCUAAAGGUAUUUUGGCCUAAACUUUACUCUUACGCUAAAGCGGCAUGGUCACCGUCUGGGAACCUUGCAGAAUUUCCAAAGACCUCCGACUGUGACAUUGCAGCUAGUGGUCCAGUGGCCCGGGUGGAGGGGGGCAGGGAAAGGUGAGCUCUACUUACCUGAACCUUUCCUUCAUGGAUUCCACCAUCUUCCUCCAGCAGGUCCUCUUCACAGCCUGGAACUUCAGCACCAAGAGUUGACAUCACUGCUUGAGUACAGCAUUAAGGUCUAUGGAGGAUCCCUCCAUAGUUAGAGCCAAUUCCCUGUAGCCGUCACUGGUGACCGCUUUUGGGAUUGUCACUGUAGCUCCACCCAGUCUCUGAGAAAGUCAAGCAUAGGAAAAAUACAUAAGACAAAGUUGUCCCUAGACACAAUAUAUUCUUAACCUUUGGGUAUAGUUGACAAUAUACUUUUUUUUAUCAUAUACCUGUGGAUGAUACCUAUUUUUUGCCCCCUUGUAUGCAAUAACACAUUAUAAUUUUUUUUUUUUCUGCAGUAAAUUUUGAUGAGUGCGAUAUUAAUUUUUUUUUUUUUUUUUGCGAUUUAUAUUUAUAAACUACAGUUAACUAUGACUUAUCUACUUGUAGAUGCACGAUCUAAGCGAGAGUACAAUGAGGGUCAUAUUAUAACAGCACGGAGAACCAAGAAGGUAAAAAUGUGUGAUAUUUUAUAACAAGUAUAUAUAUACAUGUUUCUCUGUAACAUACAAACGUUUUUAUGAACUGAUCAGAAGAAACAUGAUUGCUGUCACAAAAUAAAAAGGGCAUUGCUAUCUUUUCUGAAUUGUUCAAAUAUUUACCGUAUAUACUCGUGUAUAAGUCGAUCUCAUGUAUAAGUCGAGUGCAGUUUUGUGACCAACAAUUGUGAAAUAUGCUAUGCCUCGUGGAUAAGUCGAGGGUAAAACUUGGGGCUAUGAAAUUCUGUGAUUUUUAUAAUUAUAUACACACACACUCUUACAAACACACACUCUGCAUUUUAUAUAUACACACACACACUCAUACAAACAUACACUCUGCAUUAUAUAUACACACACACUCAUACAAACACACACUCUCCAUUAUAUAUACACACACACUCAUACAAACACACACUCUCCAUUAUAUACACACACUCUGUGUCAAAGAGGUGGGGGGAGGGCGUUUUUAUUAUUUUAAAAAAAUUUUUUUAAUAUAUUUUUUUAUUAUUUAAAAAAAAAAAUUGUCCCCCCUCCCUGCUUGUUAACUGGUCAGGGAGGGGGCUAUCUUAAUCCCUGGUGGUCCAGUGGCAUGGGCUGUGAAGUGGGGGGGCCGGCAGGAAGCAUUUACUUACCUUUCCUGCAGCUCCCUUCUCCUCCGUUCCGGUCAGCUCCACUGUAAGUCUUUUUCCGGUCUGGUUGCCGCGCGGAUAGUUGCCAUGGCUCUGACAGCCGCGGCUCUCUAAGUUGCCCUAAUACAGACAGUGACUCGAGUAUAAGUCGAGUGGGGGUUUUUAAGCACAAAAAAUGUGCUGAAAAACUAGACUUAUACUCGAGUAUAUACUGUAGUUGUUUCAAACUCACCUGUCAGUUGUCACAUUCAAAAUACACAUUAUUAACCCCUUAAGGACCAAACUUCUGGAAUAAAAGGGAAUCAUGACAUGUCACACAUGUCAUGUGUCCUUAAGGGGUUAAACAAGCAGAAAUUGAGAGGAAGGGUCUUUUCUGUAAGGUACAAUUAACAUACGAGAUACUAUAAGGACAUUUAUUUAUUUUUUACAAAAAAAGAGAAAUUCCCAAGGAUUCCAUCAAAGGGACAGUGCCUGGCCAGUGGCAGGGGCUAAUUAAUGACCACCUCCAUCAAAUUCUUGUAGUCAUAUUGUAUAAAUGAAUCUGAAUAUCUGCCUCUGUGUUGUAUAAGUGUGUCUGUCUGUGGGUUUUCGGUAUCUGUGUUUGGGCAAAUGUUUAUGAAUUUGUUUAUGUGUGGGUAUAGAUGUAUGUGUCCAUUUUCUAAGCUAAAAUGUGACACAAAAUCCAGUAGUGCCCCCUCCCAAAUUCAGGCUCAAACAUCCCCUCAGAAAAGUAUUGAAUUAAUGAUUCCCUACGGGGAUUCAUGUGAUCGCAUUUUACUCGAUCAGCACAGAGGAAGCACCUCUAGUGACUGCCAUACUGACAGCCACUAGAGGAGUACUUAACCCUGCAAUAUAAACAUUGCAGUUUCUCAUAAAGACACUUCACCCAGGCUACUUCAUUGAGAUGAAGUUGUCUAGGUGACAAUAGUGUUCCUUUAACUCUAAUGCAACCGAGAGUUUUAUAGCUUUUUGCCUGCUUGUCUGAAUUUCAGUGGAUUCCUUUUUAAAAAGCAAGUGAUUGUAUUCACUAGACUUGCCUGUCUCUAAACAGGAUCGGGUUGAAAUUUAGUAUUUCUUCAAUAUUUGGUUUAAAACCAAUCAUUUUUUGCAUGGAAAUUCUGUGUAAGAUAUAGAAUUUGCACAUUUACUAGACACUAAACGGAGCUCUUACAGUUAUAAUGAUUGAGUUUAAACCAGAUUUGGUUUUAAUAACUAUAAGACUUGGGAAUCUGUUCAUUUUCAUAGAAUUUUGUCCAUUCUUACAAAUGUGUGUGCUUAGCAAAUAAUCUUAAAAUAAUCAUUUAGUUCUAAGAUGCUAAGCAAAGUCACUUUCACUUCCUACAGGAUCAAUAUGAUAAAAACUUCAUGUUUCCAGAGUCUACAGAGCUGGACUGCUUCACAUAUUUUAUAGUGUAUGACGGACACACAAAUUCUUUGGAUGAAGAAGGUAAAAGUCUUAAAUACAUUUCUCCAACUGUGAGAGAAUUAAAGAAAUGUUUUGAAGCACAUUUGUUUGUUUUUUUUCUUUGUUUUUUUUUUCUUUAAAAGCAGUUUAACUCGCCCGAAGCUACGGGGAUUUUGGAGAUCCGUGGAGGAUCUGUUAAGACAGACGUUCGAUAGGCCCCUAAAAAUGGAUCCGUGGAUAUACUUGUUGAAUAGAUCUGUGGACGGGUGGACCAAAAGGGAACAGAAAUUAGUACACAAGAUUACUUUGUGUGCACGCCGAGCAAUUGCGACAGCGUGGCUCACACCUGAGGGCCCAGAAUUCACAGGGGUUAUUUCCAGAAUCAAAGAUUGUAGAAUUAUGGACGAUCUAAUGGCAAGGGUGAGAGGGACCAUCACGACAUUCCAAAAAACGUGGGAACCAUGGGACAAUAGUAUAGUGGGCUCGAGUAGAGACUGAGGGCCUCCCACAUAUGGGAAUGAGCCUAAGAUAUAAACAUCCUUAUUGAAUGUGACUUGAUUGUCAACGAAGUUGAUGUAAACUCGCUGUGUCUAUUGAGCAAAAAUAAAGAAUUGAAAAAAAAAGCAGUUUAACUCACGUCCUCAGCAAAGUUGUAAAUCCAUUGCCAUCAUAAAACAACAUUACAAGAGCAGUAAAGUCAGUGUUUUAUUUUCAAUUUUCUGUGAUAUUUUAAGUGAUCUUUGAAUUAACAUGGUUAUUUACUAAAGGGAGAAUUGGCGGGAAUUCAAAGUGAGAACAGAAUUGAAGAAUUUUUCUAAUUCAGUUACUUUGGCCUAAAUUUAGAAAUCCACUUUGAAUUCACAGCAAUUCUCAAUGUAGUGAAUAACCCAGUUAAUAUGUGUUUGCUUUAUUGUCCAGUUAUGAGUGGUAAACAUUAUCUACAUACAUUACCUAUGACAAAUGGAUUCCUUUUGGAUCCAUCAGAACUGUAUUUAUGCUUAUGGCAUUAGAAAAUCUAGGGUACCAUGUUAUAAAAAGGGUGAAAUACUCAUAUGGACUGUGUUGGAAUUUCACUGAAAUUACAGCCCAGUUCAGAGAUAUACUCAUACGAAGUAGGGACUACUUUAUCUCUGUAUAUUUCCUACACCUGACACCUAGACACUGGGCAGAGCUACUGCCGUCUAGAAAUGUCAGUCCCUCAGCUGUCACCAGUGCUGGCUGCAGGGAAUUGGCUUUAUCUAUCGAGGAUAUCGCGGUCUCCUCCAUAUACCGCAAUGCUGUGCUCUCACGCAUGCACGAGAGUUCAGCAUUGACGUCGGCUCCUCUGUUAUGCCAGGAGCUGAAGAGGACCCGCCGGGUGAAGACGACAGCGCUCAUUUUAGCAUGCUUAUAUAGUAACAUAAAGCAGAUCCCUUGUUUAAUGACCAUGUUUCCUUACCAGGUCCAGCUAUUGAAUGUGCCAGGGUCAUGGCCCAGGUCUGCCGUCUACCAGUCAUGGUGCUCAAAGGGGGCUAUGAAUUAUUUUCUGCUCAUUACCACUUCUUUAGGUCUCAGAAAGUGUUUUGGAUGCCUCAGGUAAGGAAAACAUUUUUGUCCAAUAAUAAUAAAAUAUCAGAAAAUAGUAGCUUUAACAAAAAAUAAAAUAAAUUGUGAUUAACUUAAAUAAUGCUUAUUGUGUUAGUUGAAGACAUAUUAAAACUUUAUAUAGUUUUAAUGGUUAUUGAGAACAUAUAUAUUGGGAAGAUACGCACAAAGAUAUUCUUUCCAAAACAUAGAAUAUACAAAUAUUUAAUAUAGCUCAAUACAUUUGAAUUAAAAAAAAUAAAAUUUAUCAUAUAUAAAGGUUAUCCUGUUAAAUUUCCUGAAUUUCCUGUUCAUUUUUAUAUGCAUUUACUAAAAGGAUUUGUAGUCAUAAAUAAUAUUCUAAAGCUACUACAUUUUUUGAGAGUCCAAUUCAGCAAAUAGGACGAGUGACCUGGCCAUUCACUUAAUCUUUCAUUAUUGGAUGGCUGUGCCAUGGAUACAAAUUGAGUCUAUUUUAUAUUAUUUAAUUGUGGUGCUUAUUUAUUAUUUGUUAGUAGCCAUCAAUAAGUAUAUAUAACUAUAAGAGUUUGAAUAUUACUUUGUUAUAUUGAUUGCAGUCUAACCAUUUUCAUAGUGUAUUGCAGAUUUUGAUUUUUUUUCUUCUUUGCCAUAGGUUUCUUUGUGGGAUAGUUGUAGAGAUAGAAGGGUGGUUUUGCUCAGUGUUAAGUUGUCUUAAUAUACCAUUGAAUGCUAAAACACCUAGUAACUUUAUCAUUAUCAUUUUUCCUGUUAACAACAGAUCCAAAGAUAUCUGCUUGUCCAUAGAAAUAUUGAACAUACUUUAUAAAAACACAAUUCACUCAGUAUUCUAGACUGUAGAGGAUAUUCUACAAUAUGUGCUCUCUCUCACAUUUACAGGAAAUAGAUGACUUUAAGCCACAUCCAGUUGAGAUAAUACCGUGUUUUUUAUACCUCGGUGAUGCUCGGCAUGGAAAUGACCUUCAUAUUCUAAAAGAUCUCAAGAUUAAAUCCCAAAUCAAGGUUUCUAUGAACCCAGUAAAUGUGUAAGUGCAAAUCUUCACAGAUCAUGUCUAGAAUAAUAUACAGAAUAAUAUACAGGGUGCGCCAGAAAGAUAUAAUGGACCACAAAAAGCUAACUAAACAGUGAAUAAAAAAAAUUAAAAGUCCAAUAAAAAUACCAAAGGUAACUAGUCCUAAAGACACAAUAUGUCUUUAAAUGUUCAUGCGAAAUCCUUGAUACAUCUCAAUUCAGCAACAGCAUAGGAAAGAAAGCAGAUGUUCUUACCUGAGGUGGGAGUCUGUAGCGCAGAUAUGUUGCUCACCCUUGCAGAUAGACACAGUCCAAAGUGACCAGAUAAGAAGCCACCUGGACUGUGAAUCUGUGCAUGGGGGCUGUGCAGGAAAGGUGAUUCCAAUGCAGUACCGACAAGAACAAAAACAGCAGGAUAGUCAAGGGAUAACAGAAGGCAAAGGAUGCCAGAGGUCAGGAUUAACAAAGUGUAGCCAAAGUCAAGGGAUGCCAGAGAUCAGGAUAAACAAAGACAGAAGCCAGGGUCAAUAUGGAGUAAAAGUUAAAGAGACUGGAACACAGGAACUGAACACAACAACAGGAUCAAAGACUUGAUAUUGUUCCCAGGGCGAAGCAGUGCUUAUAUACCCAGAUGAUAACUGAUCAAUCUCAAUUGAAGCACAGCCAUAGACAAUGUCCUACAAACAACACUGAGGUAUAAGAAUUCCAACUCACAUAUCAUAGAGCUAUUCCCAGCUCUAGGUAAAACAGCGUGUAGUGGUAUAAAAUCUCCACUUGCAGAAUAUCUCUCUGCUGGUUGUUGCAUUGUAGAUCAUAUGCAAUAAAAGAAGAUAGUGUUUUACAUACAGGCAAGUAUAAGUAGUAAUAGGAAAUAUACCUACAAUACACAGAGCAGACAAACUGCUCCAUGUGCCAGGCGUGGGUGGAAGAAACUUACCUUGGAUUCUUUUUAUGGUAAUUCUGGCACUUUUGAUGAUAAAAACACUGCCAGGUAUAAAGUAAAAUAUAAAAAAGUAUAAAAGCUAACCACUUUUAAUAAAGUAGUCAAAAAUACUUUUAUUAACAGACUGAUAUAAAACCACAAUGCAUUUCACCCUAUUGGAGCUUUAUCAAGUAGAAUAAAACACAUACCUGCCAGCUUAGCAUAUAUAUAGGCUUCUAAAAUACAACAUUUAGAAUUUUCGUCAUGUGACCGCGAUGAGAUGACUUCAUUAUACAUAGUUAAAAUUAACUUUUAAUCAAAAGGUUAAAAAUAAUACUAAUUUAUUUACAUUAAAUUAUAAAUAAAUUAUACAAUGUCUUUUGUAUAUUGAGCAGUUACUUAGUGAUCUUUAGUCCCUCACUAAACGGUAAAUUCGAACCAAAUACAGUUAUUGCAAAAUUAGUCAAAUUAAACCACAAAUACAGAUUAAAUAUCUGUUAGGGUAUAGAACUUGAUAUAACUAAGGAUGAAACUCCAGUGACCAAGUACCAAAAUAUACAGCUUUAUUGUCUAUAAAGAGUUAUCUAACUGGAGAUGACAUUUCAGUAACAAAGUACAGAGGUUUAAAGUCUUAUAAAUAUGAAAAUAUAGUUAGAUAUCUAGCUAGAGAUAGACUUUCAUUAACUAAGUACAGAGGUCUAAAGCCUUAUACAUAUGAUAAUAUAGAUAAAUAUUUAGCUAUAGAUGCACUUUUAUUAGCUAAGGCUACUUAUAAGCAGGAGAUGAUCCAAAUCCCCAUUAACCGCAGUUAAGUGAGAUCUAUUGAGAGGAUAAGUACAACAGGUAGGGCAGGGAGUAAAGGGAUUUUAUUCUCUUAGUCACACAGUUACUAUCCCACACUAAUGCCUAAUAAGCUGCGUCACAUCAGCAUUACCGUGAUCUAAAUCCUUCCAUAUGAAGAACUCUCCUAACACAUAAAUCGAAACCCCUCACAUCACCCAAAAUCGUAAAACUAAUAAUAAAAGAAAGUUUGCCGCAACCUUUGUGGGGACCUAAAAGUAUUGUCGACCUAACCGAAUCAAGGAGAACGCAUAGCAAUACAGCUUACAAAAGACAUUAUUAUCAUUCACUCUUAUAUCAGUUAAGGUAUCGCAAACGGCCAUAGAAGCAAAAACAUCUAACCAGAAAAAGCAUAAUGCAGCUUCACUGUACUUAAGAUUGGUACUUAUAAAGAUAAUUAUCAAGUACCGUAAGUAUCCAGGAAACAGUGUAGAAAUGUAUUUGUACUUAUUCCUAAACUACUAAUAAACAUUAUUGCUGCAUUUGAAUGAUCUAUCAACUUAAAACAUUGCCAGGAGUGCACCACAUCAGUGUUCAUAAAGAGGAGAUAGGCUAUUAGAAAAUAUAUACAAAUGCCUAGGUAUAAUAAACAUAAGUGCAAAAACAGAAAAAUCACUAUAUGCUUUAAGAACAUAUCUAGCUCUUUAAGGAAAAAUGUCUCCUACAAACACUCAGAGAAUACAGAAAACCAAAAAAACUAAAAUGGAAAAUCAAAUCUGUUUGGAAAAUCACCAAAGUGAAUAUAUAAUAGCAAAUAUACAACAAGUAUACAAUAUAAUCAAUGAACCAGUAAAUCAAAUAGAAUCUGGAAAAAGGAAAUAAAUAUAGUCAGUAUAAUUAGCACAUGGGGGAGGGAUGGGGUUGUAGAAAAAUCCCUAAAAGAGUACAGGAGAUGGUAUACAUUGACAAUCUUCAAAUGGGAGAAGAUCUUCUUUGAAGAUUAUCAAUGUAUACCAAGCAUGUCAAACUCGCAGCCCACAAGGACCAUCUUUGCAGCCCGGUGUUCUAUAAAAUUCCUCUACAUCGUGAAAAUCCCCUACCCUCGUCACUUCCGGUUAGGGGAAUCAGCUGGAUCCUGUGCUGCACAUGCGUGCUAGCACUCCUGCUACUCCUCCACAGCAAGCUCCUGGAAGGUAAGUAAAACUAGUUUUACACUUUCAUUAUAGUUAGUGCAUUCACUAAGCUUAGGCACACGGGACAUUUAGGGUUAAGUGAGGGUUCAAAUUAGGGUUAGGUAAGUGAUUCUAACCUCUCUCACACUCUAUUCUUACCCUAACCCUUGGGGUAAGGGUUAAAAUAAAGUGUGAAAAAUCACAAUUUAGUAAUAUUCCCCUAAUGUGAAAUAUCACUAAAUAUGAACAAGUCCCGAAUCCUAACCCUAAUUUGAACCCUAACAUUAACCCUAAAUGUCCCAUGUCCUAAGCUUAGUGAAUGCACUAACUAUAAUGAAAGUGUAAAACUAGUUUUACUUACCUUCCAGGAGGAGUAGCAGGAGUGCUAGCAAGCAUCUGACGAGAAGUGAGGAGGGUAGGGGAUUUUCACGGGUAGGGAAAUUUGAUAGAACACAGGCGAACCACGAGUACAUGCUGGUGUGAAAGCAGAGUAGGCACUUGCUUUCCCCAUAAUGCAGGUGCCUACUCUGCUAACACUUACCCGGCCGGGGAGGAGGGCCAGCGAGGGAGCUCAGUGAUCCAGUUUCUCACUGCUCCCUCGCGCGCCGUCUGUAGUAAAGCCGGGUGCCGGAAUAUGACAUCAUAUUCCGGCACCCAGCAUCACUAAACUGCGUGCGGGAGCUGUGAGGAGCAGAUAAAAGGACCCCAGAGCAAUAAAGUUAAGUAUGUAUGUGCAAGAAUUUGUAAGUGUGGAUGUGAGUGUCUGUGUGUGUGUGUGUCAGUGAGUGUGUGAGUGCCUGUCAGUGAGUGGUGUGUGUGUGUCUGUCAGUGAGUGUGUGUGUCUGUGUAUGUCUGUCUGUCUGUCAGUGAGUGUGUGUGUCACUGUGUGCGUCUGUCAGUAAGUAUGUGUGUGUCUGUCAGUGAGUGUGUGCAUCUGUCAGUAGGUAUGUGUGUGUGUGUCUGUCAGUAAGUAUGAGUAUGUGUGUGUGUCAGCGGGAGGAUCAGAUUUGGCACAGGGUGGUAGAGGGGGGUGCUGUAGUUUAGUAGACGGGGUGCUGUGGUUUAGUAGAGGGGGAUGCUAUGGGGGGGGGGGUUUAUUUUAAAAAUAAACCUAAAUUUCUAUGAAAAUGCGGCCCACAUAAACUUGAACCUUUGUAUGUGGCCCGUGCCAGACUUUGAGUUUGACAUGCUUGAAGUAUACCAUCUCCUGUACUGUAUUUGAGAGUUAGACAUCCCUGAAUUUGCAUCUAUUUAGUGAGUUUUCUACCACCCCAUCCAGGGACGGCCCAAGACAUUGUCCUGCCUGGGUCCAAGGAUGAAAAGCUUUAUAUUAUAAUAAUCAAAACUAAAAUAAAACUUAAAGGGACACUAUAGUCACCAGAACCACUACAGCUUAAUGUAGUGGUUCUGGUGUAUAUAGCCUGCAGGCUUUUUAAAAAGGAUGUGUUCACAGUGCUGUGUAGGAACACUUCUAGUGGCAGUAAUUCAGAGAGUCACUAGAGGUGCUUCCUAGGUCAACCCCUCCCCCCUCCCCUAAAUCGGUUCAGGUACAGCAAUCAGAGGAUGGUGAGGCUAAAAAGUUAAAUAAAGCAUCGGUAGCCCGACACGCGUUUCGGCGGUAACUCCGCCUUUGUCAAGAGCUAAUAGCCGCCAUUUCUCACAGAGUCUGUUUUUAAGGGGAAAUAGGUCCAACCCUAAAUCAGGUGGGACCAAUCAGGUCACACUGAUGACGGAGGUAUUUUCUUACCCUGGAAGUCAGGAGUUUCGUGCGCAUGCGCGAAUACUUAUAAGUUUGUCGGCAGUUAUGGGGCGCAUAUUCAUGCACUUGCGUAAAUGCUUGUAUGUUAAUCCCGAUGUAAAGAUAUGUGCCAGUAUUACUGUGGAAUGACAGUUAAUACUAGAAGGCAGCAGGGGAUUGAUCAAUUCAAUUAUUGUAGGUUAAUUACCUUAAAUCCUUCAAAGAUACGAGAUGUAAUGUCAUGCUAAGGAUAUCUUGCAAAGCACUCUAUUUAUUAUUUGCUUCUCCAAACUUAUGGGAAGGAUAUAAUUGGGUAUGUACCUUUGCAGACACAUUUAUGUACGUCUAUAUAAGAAUUAAUAACCUCCGUAUAUUUAGGGACUCAUUUAAUGGACCCAAUGUGUAUGAUGUAGCGGAAUGUGUAAAUAUAUACCUCAAUCCAAUAAACAAAUAAAUAAAGGCAAGAUCUAAAAGCUGUAUUACUAUCAAUGCGACUUAGUAUCUAUAAGUUGGUCAGGUGAUCUAAAUGCCCUGACUUCGAAGGGUGUUAUGUAUAUUAUGAUAUUGAAUUUUUCAAAGUUAUAUGUUAAAUUAGAUACUCCAUCAGCUACAUAUGUAAUUGUUGAUUUAAGUUUACCCAUGAGAUCUACAACUCAUAUAGAAAGCUUGGUCACUGAUUAUCAUGAAAUUGAAUAUGAGUGGUAUCCAAUUCCAGAUGAAAUAAGUUUUAAGAAUAGCGGAUAUUGUCAGUCUAAGCAAAUAAAGAAAAAAUAAAUAAAUUAAAAUAAAAUGAUAUGAUCCAAGUAGAUACAGGAGUGGUCACGUGCCAUCAGAGUACUUUCAGACAGGAGACUAAUUCAGAUGUAUUGGAUCUAUUAUAUUAAUGGGGUAAAAGAAAAGCCUUCAUUGAGUCCCUGGGGUUGGAGUGUCUCAACUCUCUGUCUCAAGACUUUGUCAUAGUCGCCUCAUCUCUGAUCCCUUUUGACCAGUUCUAACCCACAAAACCUAAUACCACUAGAGUCGCCUUGAAGAUGUUCCUUGAGGUCUUGGGAAAUGGGUGUUUCAAGUCGAUUUUUAGGGGACCUAACAUGUUCCUUGAUCCUCUCCUUAAAUGCGCGAAAGGUCUUACCCACGUACAGGUCAAUAGAUACACAAGACCCAUCGUAUUACAGUUGACAAAAAUGUAUGAUCUUGUAGGUGAGUUGACCCACACUGUCAAUGACGCUUUCAGGAUGUAUUUACAAGCCACGCAUCUCCCACACCCAUAAGUACCGACCGGGGGAUUACCCAACCAGGUACCCGAUGAGUGUGGUUUGGGAGAGAAAUGGCUAGGGACCAUAAUAUCAUGCAUAUUACGUCCUCUUCUCGCUGUUAAGUCGAUAUGUGGGCCCAGGACUUCCUUCAGGUGUAUAUCGUUAAGCAAAAUCGGCCAGAGUCUCUGAAUAGAAUUCUUGACCUCAUGCCAUCCUGGAUCGUAUGUGGCUAUCAUACGAAUUGAUUUCUGUUCUUGUGUAUCUGUCCUCACAUAGUGAUCUGACAAGAGCUCACUCCUGUCUGCCUCCAAUGCCCUUCUAUAUGCCCUUUUGAGGCAUUUGUUGGGGUAUCCCUUUUCUUUGAACUGCUGUCUCAGUUGUUGGUCCUUUGUUUUGAAGUCGGAGAUGCCACUACAAUUUCUACGUAGCCAUUGUUAUUGCCCCACAGGUAUCCCCUGUUUCAAGGUUCUUGGAUGAAAACUCUCCCAUCGCAUCAGGGAGUUAGAGGCUGAUGGUUUCCUGAAGAGGGUUGUUUGUAGUCUGCCAUCAUCCGUAAUAGAGAUCAUAAGGUCCAGAAAAUUGAGGGAGCGUCCCCCAAAUUCUGAUGUAAACCUAAGAUUGUCACUGUUUACAUUUAGAAGGCAGACCAGAUCAUUGAAUUCUUCUGGGUUACCCUGCCACAUAACUAAGAUAUCAUCGAUAUAUCAACGCCACAGAUGAAUUUUGGGAUGGUAUUGUGCCAUAGUCGAAAGGGUCUUUAUUCGUUGUUCCCACCAACCCAAGUGGAGAUUAGCAUAUGAGGGGGCACAGGCAGUCCCCAUUGCUGUCAAUCUCACUUGGUGGUAGAAUUUUUUGUUAAACAGAAAAUAGUUUUGUGUCAGGAUAAACCCCAGAAGUCUCACAGUGAAUGCAGUGUGUGCAUCGUGUUCAUCAACUGUUAGGUCAAGGAAAAACUUCACAUGCUCAAUGCCUCUGUCAUGAGGGAUUAAUGAAUAUAGGGAUUCAACGUCCAGACUGCAUAAGUGGGCUAUGUUCAUGAUCUUCAGAUUAGUGAUGAAGUUAGGGGCUUGCUUGGUGUCCCUGAUAUAUGACGGGAGUUGUUCAACAAAUGGUCUCAGGAUUUUGUCAAUAUAGAGACUGCCAUUCUGGGUGAGAUUCUCCACCCCUGAUACUCAGGGACGUUUUAGCCACGAAGCAAACAAGGCAUUUGUGUUGGGCGGCAAAAAAAGCCGCCCCCAAAUGCCCAGGCAAAUGUCUUGUUAGCCUUGCAGCUAACUGACAAGACGGGCAGGCGGCGCUGGCGAGGGAGCACUUUUCCCUGAGCGCUCUGCUCAGCUCCCUCGCGCGCCGCAGAGUGAUGCUGGGAGCCGGAAUAUGACGCCAGCGCCGACCGCCCAGCAGCCUCACUAGACCCCAGGGAGAGGGAGAACCCCUCCCAGCAUUCCCAAAAGUAAGGAUUAAAUUAAGGGGGUUAAAUUAAAAAAAAAAAAAAAGUGAGUGUGUUAAUGUGAGUGUGUGUGUGUGUGUAUGUAUGUCUGUUAGUGUGUGUGUGUGUGUCUGUUAGUGAGUGUGAGUGUGUUUGCCUGUUAGUGUGUAUGUGUGUCAGUGAGUGAGUGUGUAUCUGUUAGUGAGUGUGUGUCUGUUAUUGUGUGUGUGUUUCUGUUAGCUAGUGUAUGCGUAUCUGUCAGUGAAUGUGUGUGUGUAUUUAGAAGGCGUGGCAGGGGGGAAGGGCUGGGGGGGGUGGCGUGUGGGGGGGAGGCGCCUGAGUUUUGUCCUGCCAAGGGCAGCACAAAACCAGGAUACACCCCUGCUGAUACUAUAGGGCGUCCUGGAGGGUCCUCCAGGUUUUUGUGUACCUUUGGAACAGUGAUAGACCACAUAUAACUACUGAUAAAUAUAGCAUUGUGAAAAUGCAUUCUUGACUUAAUGUUAUAAGGGUUAGCCCUUUAUUAUUAGAAGUUGCUGGAUGUUCCCCUAAGAGAUAUUGUGAAACUCGAUUUUGCAUUUUAUUUUGAUAACACACACAAACUGCUAAAGUCACACAUAAACUGUCUCAUUCACAGACAAACACACUACAUAAUAUAUAAACACUAUAUAAUACAGACACACACUGUAUUACAUACAUACACUGUAUAAUACACACACACACUUUAUAUAAUACAUACUGUGAUAUAGUGAAGACAAAUAGGCCUAUAACAUUUAACCCCAGGGGGAGUUUAGUUAUGGGCCCCUGGGGUGAAGCACUCCGCAGUUUACAUAUUACUAGGAGAAAUAAUGUCCAGGCCAGAGUUUUAAACUGUCUCCAACCCACUGCUCAGCUGCAGAUAAUCAGCUGCAGCAGUGGGAACAAACCCCUCCCUGCUUGGCAGGUAAAGGGGGAUUGCUGACUUCCUCUCUGGAAGCAGGUAGGAGAGACACUGUUAUCUCCUGUGAGAGAGUCAAGGAGACUGAGCACUGGGAGUGCAGAAGGAAAGCAGUUAAUGCUGGUUUGUAGCACUGGGAGUGCAGAAGGAAAGCAGUUAAGGCUGGCUUGGAGCACUGGUAGUGCAGAAGGAAAGCAGUUAAGGCUGGCUCGGAGCACUGGGCGUGCAGAAAGGAAAGCAGCAGGCUAGCUAAGUGCACUGGAGUGCAGAAAGGAGAGCAGAGUGUUGCUAUCUCAGAGUGUUGCUAUCUAAUAAGGUUGGUGCAACCCAAUGAUAAGUUUUGUUAGUUUAACCCUGAUAGAGAGGGGUAGUAAAAGUGAGUCAGUGCUCAGAUGAGCUUGGUUUUUGUUUAAAGGAGAAACCUGUUAUAUUUAUGUUUCUUUAGUUGUGUUGCUGUCUCCUGUGUGGACUUGCCAAUAAAGUGCCUGGACUAUAUGAAAAUAAAAGGACUGUGCCUGUUGUUUACCCUGGAGGACCAUGCUAUCUGCAAACAAGGAUCACAAUACAUACACUAUAUAAUACAUACAUACUGUACACUAUAUAAUACAUACAUAUAUACACUGUAUAAGACAUAUACACACAAAAUAAUAUAUACACACACACAGCAAGCAGCGCUCCCUCCUCCCUUACUUACUCUGUGGCUGGAAGCACAGAAGGGAGCACAUUAUAGGUACUGGGCAAAAGUGUAGUGCAGUUCAUUGUCCAGGUACAGGGCAUGGGGUGGCAGCUCCUAAAAUUUGCCCCCUUACGUGGUCCUGAACUUCAGAAGGCAUGGGCUGUCCACAUCCUGCCCGCUCCUCACUCAAACUCCACCCAUGUGUGCUCAUGUGGGGGCGCUCCAGACAGGCAGUAAAGCUGCUAAAAGUGCCGCCCCUACCUAACUGAAGUGGCAACAUAGAAAUCAGACUUUAGCCUUUGAGAGUAGUGUGAUAGAUACACAAUAUAAGGACAUGCAGGGGUGGCAAAAUGCCGCCCCUGUCAAAGUGCCGUCUGCAGCCAUGGUCCCACUGGGACCUAUGGACUGUUGCACCCUACUACAACAAUGUGCGUGACGUAGUUGUGGUGGUGAAAGGGUUAAAGCUCACUAUUUGUCUGCACUAGACCGGAAAUAAUGACAAAAUUCCCCUUUUAAAACCACCCACACUUAAACAUCAUAAUAUAACUAUUACUAUUUUAUCGCUGCCACAGCCAAGAAUUUAUAAAUGGGGUGCCUUGGUCCCCCAGGUAAAUCAAUGAUAAAACCCACCAAAUAUUACUUAGCACAAUAUUUAAGGAAGUGCAAAAAUACUAAUUAGUGUCUUCAGGUAAUGUGAUUCUUAACCAGACAAAGGCAGAACUUAAUAAAUGAAUGUUUAUUAUGAGCAACAAAUAGUCACAGUGCAUACAAAAAUAUAUGAUAAACCAAUUAUUUACACCAACAACAGCUAAAAACAAAAAGGAUAAAAUACAGAAGUCCUAAUUACUUAGGUUUUCAAAGUACAACUUCUACCCAGGGGGUCUCUGGCAAGAAAGCAUGAUGGUGACUCACUCACACAAAAUUACAUCUUGGCCCCAAGCAAGUACACCAACACCCCUUCAAAUCAUUGGAUACAUACCCUGUGGAUUAUCAAGUCUUGCCCAGGGUGGCGUUAAGGCGUACUUAUAGAAAUAAUAAGUGACCACCUCCUUUGUUCCAGACCAACCUAAAUCCAAAUGGAAACAUUUGGCUCUAUCAUUUUCUCUUAUGUGCCUGCCACAUAAAUAAUAAUUGCAUCUACAAUUUUUUUAUUUUCCCAUUCCAUGUUGCAGCCCCCACCCAUGAUCCAAUAGGACGGACAUCAAAAUUCCUUCCCCUAUGGUCAAGUCAGGCCACUCAUAUUUGGGCUUGUUUAGAGGAUGGGGCUUGUCACAUUCCAAAUAUAACAAAAAUGAGGCUUAAUUAUUAUUCUCUGGGGUACAUAUUAAUGUUUAUUUUGGAUAUACUUGAACACAAGGCUAAUGAUCAUUAACAUAUCAAAGAAAUCCCCUCAUCAAUUACAAGGUACAUGCCAAAUGGAUGAAGAGACAUUCAGACUUUUUCCAAGUGUAGAACCUCACACCUUGCAGAGCCUUGAGUAAUUCACAUCCAUAUGGUAAAAUCCUUUUCACAUUGCUAUGCCAUUAAUACUACCCCUUCUGUCAUCUGACCUCUGUGGGGGUCCCAGCUUCAAAAGAUUUAACCCCUUUUGACCUCAGUACCAUCUCCUCCAGGCCAGCAGGUCCUUAAUGUACUACACAAAUUCCAUUAAUGGACAAUAUUCCAUAGUGUAAUAAUAAAUUAUGCACCCUUGCCGUGACACCCCCUUGUGCUAAUUAUACUGCACUAUAUUUCUUUUCCUUUUUCCAGAUUCUGUUUGAUUUACUGGUUCUUUGAUUACAUUGUAUAUAGGUUGUAUAUUUGCUAUGAUAUAUUUACUUUGGUGAUUUUCCAAAAGUAUUUGUUUUUCCCUUUUUUCUUUUUUCUUUUUUAAAUAAUAAAUACCUCCCACACCGAAACAGCCAAGAGUUUGGGAGCAUAAUACACCUUAAUGAAUCACGAAUUGUCCAAAACUAGUUAAUACAUGCAGAGAGUAUAAUAUAGUAUCCUCCAUGUAACAUAUUAUUAUUAAGAUAAAUACUGUCCUCCAUACAGUAUGAUUUAUUAAGAAAAACUAAUACCAACUUCAACCUAUAAUAGUUGUGUUAAUAAAGUUCUCUUUAAAACUAAGUGGUGACAUCAUACUACAUAGGUGGUGAGAAGUGCCCACGAUUAAAGUUGAUAAACACUUAACAUCCCACCAUGGAAAAAGCCCAAAACUUGAGAACAUAGUAAUUCACCUCUAAAUAAAGGUACAACACUUUCUUUCAAUAGAAGUGAUCAAAUAAUCAAUAUACCCAAUGUCCCAAAAAUGAGUUAAAUAAACAAGGUAAGAAAAUCCUUCAUUGAGCCCUCUUGGAUUGAGGGUUUUCAAUUUGUAGAUCCAAUGGCAAUCACGCUGUCUUAAAAAUGUGUCAGUCACCUCCGCUUGCUUUGGUCACUUUUUACAAGUUCCAGCCCACAGAAGCACAAUCUGUUGGCACGUCCAGAGUGAUAGGCUUUAAGAUGUCUAGGUAUUGGUAGUGUUCUUGACAGAUCUAACACACUCCUUGAUAUGCUCUUUUAUGGAUCACAAUUAAUGUGAUAUAAUAUGGAGUUUUAGACUUUCUCUCCUCUCCCAACUUUAGGAAAUCUACCUCCAUACACUGUCAAAAGGCCUUAUAUACAUUCACCAUGGAUAGGAUCUCUUCAAACACAUAUAAAGAAAUACAUAAUUUUCAGGGGGGAAAGUCUAUACAUUGUAAUUUGAGUGAGUCAAACUAUGGAGAUACCAAGCUACAUACAGAAUGAUUCUAAAUAUUUUUUAGAUUCCAGAUAUGUUAUCAUCGGAAAAACGCAGAUCGCAUUAACAAUAUGUUUUUGUCUCCUAGUUCUCUAGAAAAUGUUCACAUGCUGCAUAUUCCAACCACAGAUUCCAAUGAUUCAGACCUUCUUCAGUUUUUUCCCAAUGUGUGCACGUUUAUAGGUAAGCUAUUCUUCUAGAUGAAUGAAACAUUUUAACAUUGUACAACAGUAUUUAGGUUUAAUUUAACAUAUGUAUAAAGGGAAUCUCACACCUAUUUAGCUACUGGCCAGGACAGAAGACACGCAACAAGAAGGUACAUAACAAGCAUUUUGAUAUUUUUUUUAAGAGGAUGGUGUGCCAAUAUGGGUGUGAAUGCAGGGAUAUCUUUCUGUAGAGGGUUGGUGACUGAAAGGGUGCAUAUGAAAGGUAUUACUGUGCAUGAAUGAACACAUUCAUGGGUGUGGGUGACUGCCUGAGUGCAUAGGUUUGUGUGUUGUGUAUAUUCAGUUUCUCUUGCAAUAUUACUGGUUGUCUUCCAACAUAUUGAAAGUUACAUUUGAAGGAUUGAGAUUAGUGGUAUGUCACUGCUCCUUAUAUCUAAAUAUCACUGCCCCUUUUCUCUAAUUUUUCACUACCCCACUUCCCCUACUAGGUGAAUUGUAGAUGUUUUCACAUGAAAUCUAUUCCUAUAUAUUUACAUAUUUGUUGUUCUAGCAUCCCUUCAUUUGUGCGCCUCCUUCCCAUUGUCACUGCCAUCUUCCAUUUCUGACUGACCCCUUUCCCUGAAUGUCCCUACUAUCUUUCACUUGUAACUGUCCUAUUUUCUUAAUUGCCCCUGCCCCCUUUCUGGCAACUUACACUGUAGUUAUACAGAGUGUCGGGUAUGACAUCAUGUAUUGCUACAUUGCGAGCCACGGGGAAGUUGUGCAUGUCGGUAAAAGAUAAAGUUUAUCCUUGCAUGGUUGCAGUUCAUGUCCAUGGCAGAAGCCUCCAGACCUACAGCUGAAUUACCUCCUACCUAGCUGACACGUUACACUAUGUGGCUAUGGGUGUUUCUCUCACACCAACUCAAUUUCCAUUUUCCAUGUGCAAAAAGAAAAGUGGAAAUUUUUUUUAAAUAUGUUUUUAUUUCACAGGAAUAGUCAUAGCAUACAUACAGCAUAGUGAUGUUGUGGUGCCUACACAGAGGCUUAGUGUGUUGUGCAUCAGGUGAGGUCGUUUACAGGUUAUUCAUCAAGUGUGACAGAAGCAGUAGUAGGCUGUUCACCGUAUCUAAGUGACCAUUCUGCACAGAUUUGUGGUUACGGGUAAAGCUUAGACGUAUGCUGAGUAUAGAAAGCGUUAUCAUGGCUCAGUGAUAACAAGUGUAUGUGCCGGGUUUGUAAGACUGUUAUGUCAUUUCAUUGUUCAAUAUUGGUGACGCAUCUGCUUAUAAUUGGGUCAAGCCACGUGGGGUUGCCGCUUUCGUGGUGGUGUUGGAAUAAGCGUGGUAUGGUAGUUGAAAGUCUAUGUGCCCGUGUUGGCUAGUAUAUAGGUAUGUAUCUGAUUGCACUGCAUGUGUAUUGUAGGGUAUGUCCACCGUCAGGUGGGAUUGUGGGUGGCGCGGGCUUAGAGGUCGGCCGCGUGUCCUAGUAUAGUGGUAGGUGGUUUUUGGGUGUGUGCGCUUGUCCUAUUCGUAUGAUUAGUAACCGGCAGGGAUCUCGUCUAUGUUCGUACGUGUAGGUGUAUGUGUGGGUUCCUUUUAGAGUGUGUUUGUGUGUAACGAGGUUCAGGGGAAAAAGAGACAGAGGAAAAAUAAGAGAAAGGAGAAGAAGGAAAAAAACCAAAAGGGGGCGUUGGGGUAGAUAGAGGAGGGGGUAGAAGAGUGGAAAUUUUUAACUUUGACUUUAUGAAUAAUUAUUGUUAUUGAUGUAUCUUAUUAUACAGAUUCACAGAAAAAUUCUGCAGUUCUAGUAGUUUCGGAUCUGGGUAUCAGCCGCAGCAGUACUGUGCUGAUUGCAUACCUAAUGCAUUACAGAAAGUGCACGUUGAAGGUAAUUUCUAAAUGUUUAUACUGUCUGCCAGCACUGAAGACCAAAGUUUUGUUACACAUUAGCAACAGUUUUUAUUUUAACAGGUAUUUCAAUAUAUACCUCUUAUUAUGUACUUUUCUGAAACUUUUAUAUUGAUCUAUUUAUCAAGCUGUCUAUUUGCUGGUGAAAUACACAAUAUCUGAUGCGACAAUAUAUUUAUAAAACAAAAUCUUUUUUUUUUUUCUUCAAUACCUCUCCCCCAUUCUCUCACAUCAAAAUAAAUCUGCUGUAUUUUCAGUUUAGCUAUUUCUUACACAUAUCCUGCAAAGUGAGUUAUUUUUUAUUUAUUUUUUUCUCCCUUUGAGGAGGACUUGCAGCUGGGACAAUAUGUAAGGUGGCUUUACUGGAACCAGUGUUAAUUUUGUCGAUUAACGAUUUUAGUUGACUUAACAUUUUGAGAAUUGGCGACUACAACAAGACUAAGACUAAAACAUUUCAGAUGACUAAAAUACGACUAAAACUAAAAUGGCUUUUUAAACUAAAUUUUAGACUUUAAUGACUAAAACUAAAUAGAAAUUUCCUGCUUACAGGUAAGACACAUGGGGGAGGGAGGAGAGGAAAUGAGACACAUGGGGGCUGAAGGAAUGAGACACAUGGUGGGCUGAGUUAUUGAGACACAUGGGGUGCUGGGAGAAUGAGACACAUGGGGUGCUGGGAGAAUGAGUCACAUGAGGGUGCUGGGAGGAUGAGUCACAUGAGGGUGCUGGGAGGAUGAGUCACAUGAGGGUGCUGGGAGGAUGAGUCACAUGAGGGUGCUGGGAGAAUGAGACACAUGAGGGUGCUGGGAGAAUGAGACACAUGAGGGUGCUGGGAGAAUGAGACACAUGAGGGGGCUGGGUGAAUGAGACACAUGAGGGGGCUGGGGGAAUGAAGCACAUGGAGGCUGGGAGAAUGAGACACAUGGACUGGGGGGAAUGAACACAUGGACGGGCUUAGGGGGAAUGAAACACAUGGAGGGGUUGGGGAAAGAAUUGAGACACAGGCUGGCUGGGGGAAAGAUACACUUGGGGCAGAUGAGAUGGCUGGGGGACACACAAUGUGACAUAGAGGGGCUGGGGAAAAAAGAGACAAGGGGCUGGGGGGAAGAGACCCUCAGCUGGGGCUAUGGAGAGAAGGAGCCACACAGAGGGGCUGGGAGGGGGCCAAAGAGCCACAGAGGGGCUGUGGAAGGGGCAAAAGAGAGAGACAAGGGUUUGGGGUGGAGACACCCAGACAGGCUGGAAGGACACAGAGGGACUUUGGAAGGGGCAAAUGAGACAGACCGGGGCUUGGGAGAAAGACACCCAGAGGGGCUAGGGGGGCACAAAGAGACACCGAGGGGCUGGGGAAAGGGCAAAAGAGACAGAUAGAGGCUUUAAAUAAACCCAUUAGAUUUUAGUUGUGUCGACCAAAAUCUACUGGAGAUUUAGUAGACUAAAAUGAAAACAAUUCAGAUAACCAAAAUACGACUAAAACUAAAGUGGCCUAUUAGUCAAAAGACUAUGACUAAAACUAAAUUGAAAUUUUCUGCCAAAAUAAUACUGACUGGAACUCACUGUACACAGCCUGUACUUGUUUUCUCAAUAUAUAUAUAUAUUCUGGAAUAUAUAUUAUAUUCCAAUAAUCCAGCGUAAUUGUAGCUUCCAACAAAAAACAUUGCAUUAAUCUGUGGGAUUCUCUUUUAGGAGGCAUGGGAAGAUGUCCUGAAGUGCAAAAUGAACAUGAGGCCAAACCGAGGAUUUGUGGUGCAGCUAUCAGAGUGGGAAAAAACUAUCAUGGGUCAUCACAUUACAGACAUAUCAGACCCUAAAUUUUGAUCUUCAAAGAUUCCUGCUUAAAGAAAAUAUAUUUACUGGGCCUGCUCACCUGAUCAAGAUAAUGGAAAAAUAAUAUAACAAUGGGCAUGAUUAAAGUCUUUUGCUAAAACAUUGAUUUUUUUUUUGCGAAUGUAGUGCAGUAUAAGCUACAAUUUUGUUGUAGCAGUUCUGUAUAUCCCCAUUGUUUUUGAAUACAAAAGGAAAUCAUGACUAAUGUCUGUUUUCACCAAGCAUUUGGUGAUUAUAUAUAAAUAUAAUAACAAAUAUAUUCAAUUCAGAAUCCAAAACAUUGCCACAUUGUGAAUCGGAAAUCCUUGUGGAAUACACUAGCAUUUUCAUAUUUGUAAUUUAAUGCUUUUUUUUUAUAACAGUUUGAAUGUAUGGUCGCAUUUAUAUUUUUUAGCAGCUCCUAUUACUUUUUUUUUCUCCAUAACUGUUUAUUUACAGGUGAUACUCGAAAAAUUAGAAUAUCGGGUUAGGCUAGGCCAGGCUGUGUAUUUAUUCAAAGCUUAACCCCUAAGGACCAAACUUCUGGAAUAAAAGGGAAUCAUGACAUGUCACACAUGUCAUGUGUCCUUAAGGGGUUAAAGGGCUUACAACCUUAAUUUUCAUAACGAUAAACAUGUAACAUAAACUUUUAACCUACUAAUACUUUAUUAACCACCAAAUUGCCAGUCAGUCUUCGAUGACCAGACUGCCUUUUAUUUAAAACCAUCUACUAACAUAUCCUUCCUCAGAACUUGAACCUGAGGAUGACUUUUGCCCCCUUGCUAUAUAAAACCCAACAAUUAAAUUAAAGGGAGGGCGGGAUUCCGUCUGCACCGCUCCUGCCUCAAUAACCACUGACAGGAUUGCAUUUGCACUGAUGCAUGUUAUUCUAUCCCAGUUUCCUGUGCUUUUGGCGCUAGCAAUCUUCACCCAAUCCCAAGCCAGCUCCAGUCCCAGAAACAGCAGUGUCGCCACUUCUCCCUAGUAGAUACCUGUCUAACUGCCCAACUGCCAAAAUUUAAAAAACUUCCCUGGAUUUUCUUUAUCCAUGACUACAAGACUAUUUAAUUAGGGAUUAUUCUACCUUACAGUGAACGAAUAAUCUAAAUUUUAUUAAAGACAGGAGGCGAAUAUUUGCUUAUCUUUCUUUACUGAAACUCCCAGCAGCAAAGAAGUAGUUAACAAAGUUGUAAAAAAUUCAACCAAUCAUAACACAUCAUAGAACAAUAUAGUGCCAUCAGACUUCUCCCACUUCCUCUUUCUUGGUGGUGCCGAUCAGUAGUAGAAUCAACCAUGUAAACUGGAAACAUUCUGGAACCGUAACUCAGGUGUAACGCAAUGAAGUCAACCAUGUAAACGUGUUGUCGAGUAGAACAACGUGAGAUUUUCACACUAGGAGAGAAGAAAAACUUUGUGAAAGUAUGGUCUCUUAGACAAGAGAAAAAACAUACGUAUGCACUUUAAAGUGAUAGCUCAGAUUAUCUGGUAGGAUUUAAAGAUCAUAAUGGUACAAUGCGAUGUAGGACUAGAUCUUACUAGGCUAACAAAAUCGUAUACCUACAACAAUCAAAUUGCAAGAGAGUGUACAAUGCAAUAACAGUAAAAAAGGAGACUAAGGGUGGGUUCCAGAGUGAACGAAGGGAGGGAAAAUAUUCGCCUCCUGUCUUUAAUAAAAUUUAGAUUAUUCGUUCACUGUAAACUAGAAUAAUACCUAAUUUUAUGGCAAGACAGGAGGCUUCAUAUUUGCUGUUUUAACGCUCUUGGAUAAAGGAACAAGCCACAGGUGAUGUAGGUUUAAAAUAAAAAGUUUGAAAGGUACCGUAUAUACUCGAGUAUAAGCCGACCCGAAUAUAAGCCGAGGCCCCUAAUUUUACCCCAAAAACUGGGAAAACUUAUUGACUCGAGUAUAAGACUAGGGUGGGAAAUGCAGCAGCUACUGGUAAAUUUCUAAAUAAAAUUAGAUCCUAAAAAAAUUAUAUUAAUUGAAUAUUUAUUUACAGUGUGUGUAUAUGAUGAAUGCAGUGUGUGUGUGUAUGAG